ACUGGCAGUUAGCAGCGACUCCCCUUUGUGUCUGGGCUGGGAACGGGGAGCGAGCCGGAGCCAGCGCCAGCGCCAGCCGGGGCUGGGAGGCGACGCGUGUGAACCCCCCGCGCCCCUUCCGGCCGAGCCUGUCUGCGGAGGGCGAGGGCAGGGACCAGGAGCUGCCGCGUGCGGGAGUCAGCCCGUGGGGAGGCGCCGGGCUCCGCUCCCGCCCCGGGGGCACCCCACAGCCCGGGGCCGCCGGCUGGAGCCCCGGAACGCCCAUCGCGGGCUCUCUCUCUCUCUACGCGGAGCGGAGCGGGUAGGGGCGAGGAGGAGACAGAAGGCGGAGGGAGCGGGGCCUCUAUCGCUCUCCCGGCCGGCUGCGCCCAGGAACUGGCGCCUGAGCCAUUGCUUCGCUGGAGGCACCCGGGCGGGCGCCUUCCCUUUCGGAGCGGCCAGGGCUGCGCCCGCGUCCUGUGCGGCUGAAGAUACCAGAUGGGCCCAGGCGCAGCCUGUGGAUGGAAGUGACUGAGGGGACCUCGCCUCGUUAAGAGACACGCAGAGGCCGAAGGAAGACCGGGACCGUCCGCGGGAUGGGAUGCCUCCCUGACCCCCGUCGUCUUCCCAGCUUGUCCCGCGUGCCCAGGGCCGAGUGAGGAGGCGCCAGAGGUGACCGUGGCUAUCCAUUUCCCCGCCUCACCUCUGGAUAUGUUUCAUGCUAAACCUGGAUGCUUCUUUGAUAUCGUGAAGUUGCGUGGGAAAUAAUCUGGGUUUCCGGUGUGACCGCAAGAAUAGCUACUCACCCAGGGGAAGGGAAAUGCAUCCUGGUUUGGAGACAAAACCUCCCUUUCCUAUAAUCGUUAGAAAGAAGAGGAGCCAAGUUCCGAGGCAUGAAGAUAGAUGUGUGUAAUGGAGUAAGACCUCAGACAGCUCCUGUCAUCUGCCGUUUGCCCUUCCAGACUGGAUUGUGAUCCAAGCGAGUUUUAAGAUUGUUUAAAGGGAGAAAAAUCCUCCUUUCGGUAUUUUUUUUUUCUUCUGCCUCCUUCUUUGGCUUCCUCAGGUAUGAGUGCCUCUCUGCAGCACCUUUUGCUGGUGCUCUUGCUCUCCAAUGCCACCCUGCUGCUCAGCACUGCGGCUGCUACCCAGAGUGAGGAGCGGUUGUGUGCAUUUAAGGACCCAUAUCAACAGGACCAUGGAAUCAGUGAGAAUCGAAUCUCUCAGGAGAAUGGCACAAUUUUAUGUGUGAAAGGCACCUCCUGCUAUGGACUUUGGGAAAAAACACGAGAAGGAGACAUACAUCUUGUAAAACAAGGAUGCUGGUCUCACAUAGGAGACCUACAGGAGUGUCAGUAUGAGGAGUGUAUAGUAACAACCACCCCUUCCUUGAUUCAGAAUGGAACGUAUCGCUUCUGCUGCUGCAGCACUAACUUGUGUAAUGUCAACUUCACUGAAAACUUCCCUCCUCCUGACCCAACGGAUACACCACUUUUCAAUUCAUCUAAUUCUUUUCAUCGAGAUGAAACUAUUGUUAUUGCCUUGGCUUCAGUCUCUGUAUUAGCUGUUUUGAUUGCUGCUAUAUUCUUUGGAUAUAGGAUGCUUGCAGGGGACCGUAAGCAAGGUCUACACAGUAUGAACAUGAUGGAGGCAGCAGCAUCAGAGCCCUCACUAGACCUGGAUAAUCUAAAAUUGCUAGAACUGAUUGGCCGGGGGCGAUAUGGAGCUGUGUAUAAAGGUUCCCUAGAUGAGCAUCCAGUGGCUGUAAAAGUAUUUUCCUUUGCUAACCGCCAGAACUUUAUCAACGAGAGGAACAUUUACAGAGUCCCACUGAUGGAGCAUGACAAUAUUGCCCGAUUCAUUGUGGGCGAUGAGCGAUUCACUGCAGAUGGACGUAUGGAAUAUUUGUUGGUGAUGGAAUAUUAUCCCAAUGGUUCUUUGUGCAAGUAUUUGAGUCUUCACACCAGCGACUGGGUGAGCUCCUGUCGUUUGGCGCAUUCGGUAACCAGGGGCCUGGCAUACCUUCACACAGAGUUACCUCGAGGAGACCAUUAUAAACCUGCAAUUUCCCAUCGCGACUUGAACAGCCGUAAUGUAUUGGUGAAGAAUGAUGGAACAUGUGUAAUUAGUGAUUUUGGAUUAUCCAUGAGAUUAACUGGAAAUCGACUGGUACGUCCGGGCGAGGAGGACAAUGCAGCCAUUAGUGAGGUUGGUACAAUCCGCUAUAUGGCUCCUGAAGUGCUAGAAGGAGCAGUGAACUUGAGGGACUGUGAAUCUGCUCUGAAACAAGUAGAUAUGUAUGCACUAGGCCUUAUCUACUGGGAGAUCUUCAUGAGAUGCACAGACCUCUUCCCAGGGGAGUCGGUGCCAGAGUACCAGAUGGCAUUCCAGACAGAAGUUGGAAACCAUCCCACUUUUGAAGAUAUGCAAGUACUGGUAUCUAGGGAGAAGCAACGACCAAAAUUCCCAGAAGCUUGGAAAGAGAACAGUCUGGCUGUGAGGUCCCUUAAAGAGACAAUCGAAGACUGUUGGGACCAAGAUGCUGAAGCUCGACUGACAGCCCAGUGUGCUGAAGAGAGGAUGGCUGAACUCAUGAUGAUUUGGGAGAGAAACAAAUCAGUCAGCCCAACAGUCAAUCCUAUGUCUACUGCCAUGCAGAAUGAACGCAACCUGUCACAUCACAGGCGUGUGCCAAAAAUCAGGCCAUAUCCAGAUUACUCUUCUUCCUCUUAUAUUGAAGACUCAAUCCACCACACUGACAGUAUAGUGAAGAACAUUUCUUCUGAGCAUUCAGUGUCCACUACACCAUUGACUUCAGGGGAGAAGAACAGAAACUCCAUUAACUAUGAACGACAGCAAGCACAGGCUCGCAUCCCUAGCCCUGAGACUAGUGUCACCAGUUUGUCCACCAACACAACUACCACCAACACAACUGGCCUCACGCCUAGCACUGGCAUGACUACCAUAUCUGAGAUGCCUUACUCAGAUGAAACAAACCUCCAUGCUACAAAUGUCAUGCAGCCUGUUGGACCAACUCCUGUUUGUCUGCAGCUAACAGAGGAGGACUUAGAAACCAACAAGCUGGAUCCAAAAGAAGUAGAUAAGAACCUAAAGGAGAGCUCUGAUGAGAAUCUGAUGGAGCAUUCCCUUAAACAGUUCAGUGGACCAGAUCCACUCAGCAGCACCAGCUCCAGCUUGCUUUACCCACUGAUCAAACUUGCAGCAGAGGUGACAGGACAGCAGGACUUCACACAAGCUGGGAAUGGUCAAGCAUGUUUGAUUCCAGAUGUCCCAUCUACUCAGGUCUACCCUCUACCCAAGCAGCAGAACCUUCCGAAGAGGCCUACUAGUCUACCUUUAAACACCAAAAAUUCAACAAAGGAGCCACGACUGAAAUUUGGUGGGAAGCACAAAUCAAACUUGAAGCAAGUGGAAACUGGAGUUGCCAAGAUGAACACGAUCAAUGCUGCAGAACCUCAUGUGGUAACAGUUACCAUGAAUGGAGUGGCCGGGAGGAGCCAAAGCAUAAACUCGCAUGGUGUAACAACCCAAUAUGCCAAUGGUGCAGUGCCAUCUGGCCAGACAACCAGUUCAGUGGCACACAGGGCCCAGGAAAUGCUGCAGAAUCAGUUCAGUGGAGAGGACAGUCGGCUGAAUAUUAACUCAAGCCCCGAUGAGCAUGAACCUUUACUGAGACGGGAGCAGCAAGUUGGCCAAGAUGAAGGUGUUUUGGAUCGUCUAGUGGACAGGAGAGAGCGACCGCUGGAUAACGGCCGAACAAACGCCAAUAACAACAACAGUAAUCCAUGUCCAAUGCAAGACGUUACUACACUUGGCACCCAGAGAAUGACAACAUAUCCUGGGCAGACCCAGACUAGAAGAGCACAGAGGCCUAAUUCACUAGAUCUAUCGGCCACAAAUUCUUUGGACAGCAGUAGCUUGCAGUUAGGUGACUCAUCACAAGAUGGCAAACCGGGCUCAGGAGAAAAGAUCAAGAAACGUGUGAAAACUCCAUAUUCACUUAAGCGGUGGCGCCCUUCAACAUGGGUCAUCUCCACUGAACCACUGGACUGCGAGGUGAACAACAAUGGCAGUGACAGGGCAGUCCACUCUAAAUCCAACACUGCUGUUUACCUGGCAGACGGAGGUACUGCCACAACAAUGGUGUCUAAGGAUGCAGGAGUGAACUGCCUGUGAAAUAUUUUAAAAGCCGACAAAAUGACAUUUUUGCAUUAUUUGAAACAAACAUGCAGAAGACAUUUUAAAAAACUGCUUUCUCCUCCUGUCAGCACCCCCUGCCAAGAACUCGCUUUAAAUAGAUUUCAGCUAUGCAGAAAUUUUUUAGCUUAUGCUUCCAUAUUUUUUGUUUCAUUUUUUUAACGUUUUUGCACUUUUAUUUAGUAUCGCUAAAGUUAAGUCUGUCUGGUUUUGACCACAGAAUUAUAUAUAUGUGUAUCAAAAAUGUGGUCUCAAAAUAUUUUUUUAAAAAAAAUAACAAAAAAAUUUAUUGCUGAUAAUCAGUUUGGACCAGUUCCUAAAGGUCACUAAAAACAUAAGCAGACUAUAAGACAGGUUUGACUGCAGUGGUGUCUUGUACCCAUGUUUUGAUUUCUGUGCACAAGUUAAUUAGUAUGUUUCUAUGUUACAGAGUGUAUUAUCUUUUGAACGCCCUACUUUUCUUGUGUUAUGUUGAAAUGUGCAAUAGUCUAUAGUUCACAGUAUGCUUUAUUGGAAAGUGUGUUUAUAAAACUGCCACACAUUCUCCCCCUAUUCGUAUUUGUUAAUUUUUUUCCUGACAGUUUGGCAGUCGGUCAUUAAUGACAAUGAACUUUGCACACCAUAGCCAGCUUGAAGCAGCUGCCUAUAUCUAUCAAUGAGCUCUAAGAUUAUAAUGGAAAAUGCAUGAAUUUUCCCCACCUUGAAAGGACUUUUAAAAGGAACAAACAAAAUAUGAUUUCAGCUGCCUUUCUUUUCAACCUUCCAUAUCUUAACCAGUUUCCUUCAUAGGAGACAUGACACUGGAAGGGGAAGCUUUAAGCAAGACAGUGUUGAACAAAAUGUGAGGAAACAAAGUAAGUCUGCCAUUUUUCCAUUUGAUUUUUGCUGCAGUUUCAGAGUUUGUAUUUAUGAACAUUUUUUAUUGAUUGCUAUUAAUGUGUAUUUAUCAGAAAUCCUAAUGAACUGUCCUACUAAGAUCUUGAAUAUAAGUAGGUUGCAUUUUGUUACUUACAAGAGAAAAAAGCCUGACUUAUGAUUGACACAAAACAGUCAUGUGAUGAGCAGCUAAGCGUCUAUUAAAUACCUCUGCAGAGGUAAAUAUUGAGGUCUGGAGCCAUGUCCAUCAAAUUGCAUAUGCAAGUAUGUUUAUCCUAAUUGGCAGCUGAGUUAAGUAAAAACUAGUUUUCUUAGAGUUUUGUAUAGACCUCUUAAUUCGUCUUGCUAUUAGAAUUUUAAACAUACACUUUUAAAAGUUAUGGCCAUGUGGAGAGAUUUCAAUUUUUUAUGGUGAAAACACUCAGAACGUAUGUAAUACAUACAUUGACUUCAUGUAUUGUGACCAUUAAUCCCUUGAGGUGAGUGACCACAACUUCUUCCCAGGGUAAUAGAACUUGUUGUCUAUUUAAAAAGAAGUAAUUACGUCCUUACUGGCCAUUCCACCCACAUGAGGCCUUUGUCUCAAGAGUGAUUAUUUACCCUGCUGAAAUAAAUUUAAUAAGAAGUAAUUAGCUAAAAAUUGAAGUAUCUAGCGUAGUGUGGCACUGAGCAAAGCUUUGUAGCUGUAUUUGAAAAUGGCUCAUGUUCGAACACUAACUUAAACUGUGGAAAAAUGAUUCCGUCAGCAUGCCAAAUCCCUAUGGCAGGACGCUGGCAGUCAAGAUUUGCCACCAAACUUGCCUUUUUUCAGCUGACUGAAUCUGAUUUUCUGUCCUUUCAAGACCAUUCAUUUCCUUGAUAUUGCUCUGGUACAAUCUUUCCCCAUAAGGUAACUUUUUCUAACUCUCUUUGAGCCUCUGAUGAUUACCUGCCAUAUGUAAUAUAUGGCCUUCCAUAUCUGACUCUGUUUCCAAGCUUCCUUGUUUGCAUUCCUGUCUCUCUUUGGCAUCUUAUCCUGCUUCCUAAAUGCUGUAGGCCAGAUUCUGCUGUCAGAUACACCAGUAUAAAUCCAGAGUUACUCUGUUAUUAUACUGGUGUAACUGAAAUCAGACUCUGGCCCAGUGUAGUUGCAGGAGUGUAAAUCAGGGCAGAAUUUGGCCUCCAGCUCUUUAAGCACUGGCCAGGUCCUUACACCCAAAUAAAGGCCCCUGCUUUUCUCUUAGGCACAACUCUGUUAACCUAAUGUAUAAAUAUUCAGCUGCUUCUCUUUAUGUUGCUAAAAAAUUUUCUCCAUUUUAUUUUCAGUUCUUUCUCCUGCUUGCCAUCUGCUGCAAUCUUACAUCCCAGAUAUUGAAAACUUGCCACUCGUUCAGUUGGCUUGCAUUACACGCCGAUCUGAAUUCUUGGCACUAUAGUCAUAAUAUUGCCUGUGCUUUUUGUUUCUUUUGGGGUUUACCUUCACUUGAAAUUCUUCACACUUUUUGGGUCUAUGUGUGAAUUUCUGGAGUACAAUACUUUGUUUUUUUGCAACAAUCACGAUAUCACGUGCAUAAUGAAGAUUGCUCACAUCUCUUCUAGUGACUUUUUGCUUUGCCUUAAGUGUAACCUUUAUCAUCGUUUCAGAGUGUUAGUUUAAAAAACAUCUGUAAAACACUCUGUGACAGUUCUCAGGGCACCCAGGACUGUGUUUCUCCUUGGUUACCCCCUACCUCCAGCAAGAGGGAGUCUUUCUUAAGGUUGCUGGGCAUCAGCUCCUUGACACCAUGAGCCUUUCAGCCACUUGCGCACUCUUCUCUGAGCUAUGCCAGCCCUAACUUCACCUUGCACCCCAAUCCCUGAGUCCUUUUGAAUUAUUCCCCUGUGACAUCCAGCCCCUAACAUUAGCUACUCACAAAAAUUCCAGACCCGCCCAUUUUAUCUUAAAUCACGGCACCUGUAAACCACGCAGCACUUGUGAGCAUUCAUACUAAAACAAAACUAGGGUUAUUUAAGAAAGAAUAAAGAUUUAACUAGAAGUGAGCGAAAGUGAUAGAAACAACUUAUGACAACGCAAACCUGGGUCUACACUUACCAAUGAUUACCUUUCCUAUAUAAUAAGGUAGUCUUUCCCCCCAGGGUUCAGUCAAUUGCUGAGCUGGCUGGUGUCGCAAGAAUCAGGAUCUAAAUGUUCAUGAAAGCCCCCUGCUCCGUAAGUGGUUUCCUCAGUGAAUGGAUCCAGAGUGCCUUUCACUCUUUUGUCUUUACUCAUAGCCCUGGUGAUAUCCUGCCUGCUGUAAUAUUCCUUUUCACCUCCAAGUGGUGUCAAUCAUUGGCAGUUGUCUUUGAUGGUUUUCCAUUGACUGUUCUGGGAUGUGGCCAGGUUAGAUAAUGGACCCUUGCAUUGCCCUGCCAGCUGACUGGGGAGGGGUAACAACUCCCUCUUGCUUGAAUGAGACAUCAUUGAAACAUGUUGCUCCGGUGACUAAUUUUUACUCCAAGUCCAUAAAGCAUGCUUUCAGUAUAAAUACAUUAUUUCUUAAAUAUCCGUACACACAUCUCAUAAUGAUUGAGUCUUGACAAGUUAUGAGCUUUCUAUAGAUACCUUUUAUAUUACUCUUUAUGGAUAAAUAUCCUGUAAGACGUGUUUGGUGCAGUGAGUUUGUCAGGUCUGAGGUCAGAGAGGUUUGCAAAGAACAGGGGCCCUUUGCCAAGGAGCAUCUGUAUCACACACUCACACUCUUAUCAAAGGGUUUGUCUACACUACAGCCUAUGCCAGCAAAAUUUAUGUCGCUCAGGCGUGUGAAUAUUCCAUCCUCCCUGCGCAACAUAAGUUAUACCGACAUAAGCACUCAUGUGCACACUUGUAUGUCGGUGGGAGAGCUUUUAAUGCUGACAUAGCUUCUGCCACUUGCAGAGGAGGUUUUAUUAUGCCAAUGGGAGAGCUCUCUCCUGUUGGCAUAGAGCGUCUUCACCAGAUGUGCUGCAGCGGCGCAGCUGUACGUAUAGACAUGGCCUAAGUUGAAACAUGCUAGGAAAAGAAAAAUUAUUUGCUCUAAAUACUACUGCUUUCUGCCAAGGCUGCUUUUGCCAAGGCUGAUUAUACCAGUCUUGUAGCUUUUGUUUUAGGCCAAACCUUUGUAAGAAUUCAAACUUUUUUAUGCUUGAUGCAAUCAAAGAUUUAAUAAAAUCACUGUACCAGAUGGAAAAGUCUUUCUGGCAUUCUGCAAUUUUUCCUAAGCAUCCUUAAAGCAAAUAUAACUUUCACAUUUCUCGUGUCUUCCUCUAACCUUUUGUUGAAAACCUUUGGGGUAAAUCACAAUUGUCAGAAAGCAUCUGUUGUAUAAUCUAUCAUGGAUAAAUAUCAUUUGUAACAUAGUAGAAAUAUGUACACUUUAUCCCAAUAUGAAUUCUAGGUCAAAAGGAGCAGCUUUAUUACUUCUAAAGAUCAAGCCAUACAAAUGUUAGGUAUAUAUUAAAAUGUUCUAAUUUUGCAGCAUUAGAUGAGGUGAGACUAAAUAUGGCUUAAUUCUGAUGUAUAAUUAGCAAAGCCUUUGUUUUGCUCACAGUAGGUAAUCUUAUCUUUUCCACAGAACACAAUUCCUGUAAUUAAAUUACAUUGAAUUAUAGCUCACAAAAGUACCUUGGAGAGUCAUACUUAAGGUCAAGUCAAAUACAAGAGAGAGAAUUCUACAAAUCAAACGUAUUUGUUAACUAAUGUACAGUAAAUCAGUUUUGGAAAGUCCAGUUUAUUUAUUUGUUGUUAAAAAAAUACAUCAAUGGAUAAUGAUGAAAGUUGAUAAAUUACCAUUUUUCUAAAUGCAUAUUGCAGACAAUAUAAAUGUAUCAAAAUGACAAUAGACUGAUAAUGUAAAUAGCAAUGGAUUGUGCCAAUGUCAAAUAAGCAAUGGUAGAAUAUUUUAUAUGUUCACUUCUAAUAUGGAAUUCAAGUAAAAUGUUACAACAAACAUAGGUGACCUAGCUAUGUAUAGGCCACUCAGAAAUCUUAUUGGUUUUAGAAAAUCACACGUAUUAAAUCUAAAGGACUUGUCCACGCAAAUAUGUUGUCUGUUCACACAUUUCCUACUCCUAUGAAGUUAUUUAUCAACAUCACACACUUAGUUUUGAGAAUAGGAAUUCUAGCCAUAUGUGUAGACAUGCCUAUAUGGUGAUAGAUUUAUUUUCUUUUUAACAAAAAUAGAGAUUUAUGAGUAGAUUAUGAGGAAAUUCAGGGGAAAUGUUCCAGAUAGUGCUCCACAAAUGCAUAUGUGCACACCGGCUAAAUAAUUAAAAGAUAAUCCCACUCUUGCUAUUCCCAGGUGUAUUUAAAUUGCAGAACUAAAAGUAAAGAAAUACUUCAUUUAAAAGAAAACCAGGAUGCGUUGUGAUUAUAUCAUCUUCCAACCCCGGGAAUACUUCAUUGUAAAAACCACAAAUUUUGUCUGUAUUAUGUUUUGUUAAUAUAGUUCACUUCACAGUCUUUUCUGUCAUUCAUUCACAUCUAGAAAAUUACCUGGUUUUAGUCGCAAUGCAGUUUUGUUAUUUUUUCAAAGUUUAUUCGGGCAGAAACAAAAGUGAGAGGGAUGUUGGCAGGUUUCAGGGAUAAACUGAAAAAUGUUUGAUAUGGAGUUGUUUAGAAAAUAAAUAUCCUUCCACCCAACAACUUACUCCAGAAAAGCUCUUUAAUCCUGAAUGCUACAGGAAAAGAUACAUAUAUUAAAAAAGACAUGAACAUAGACAUGUAUGGAA